AUGCUCGAUCCCCUCGAGGAAGUCCGCCUCAUGCUGCCACAGCCCGUCCACGCCUUAAUACUCAUAUACUCCACUACUGAAGAGUACGAGAAAUCCAUUAGAGACGCGCGACAAGCAGAACGGAAUGCAGGAAAUGGCUACAGUGGCUCCGGCGACGGGGAACCAGUCAUUUGGUUCGACCAAACUAUACGGCAUGCGUGCGGAUUUAUGUCGCUCUUGCACGCAUCGGCGAACCUGAGCUCUUCUGGCGACGAAUUCAUUGAACGAGGCUCGUUGCUCGCAAACCUUCUUCGCGAUGCUCUUCCUCUUGCCCCUGUCGAACGUGCUGCUCUCCUCAAAUCAUCACAAGGCAUAGCGGACGUCUACAACACCGCAUCGGUGAGAGGAACGAGCACCAUCCUUCAUGCCGAGGACAACGUUCCGGGCCAUUACGUCUGCUUCGUACGGUCGCCUCGGACAGGGCACAUCUUCGAAUUGGAUGGCGGAAAAAACGGUCCAAUCGACCAAGACGGCUGGCUUCAGGGCGAUCGAGAUAUGCUCAGUGGAGGUUUGAAACUUGCCAAGGAGUUUAUUGCCAACCGUACCGAUCCAAAACACCCACAUUGCCAUGUGAUGGCUCUCGUUCCAACUGACUGA